AUGAUGGAAGAUCAAGGCGUCUGGGAAGUAGUUGAGCCAGCGGCCGGUGCGGCCAUCGACGAGAAGAAGGACAAGAAGGCGAUGUCACAUCUCUUCCAAGCGCUCCCGGAGGAUCUCCUGAUGCAGGUGGCAAGAAAAAAAACUACGAAGGAGGUAUGGGAUUGUCUCAAGACAAGAUUUGUCAGCGCGGAUCACGUCAAGAACAAGCAGCUUCUAACGUUGAAGAGCGACUUCAACACCAUGCAUAUGCAGGAGGGAGAGAGCCUGGACCAGUACACUGGAAGGCUCAAUAGCAUGUCCAUCAGGUAUGCAAACCUAGGGGAGACGCUCGACAACACUGCAUUGGUCAAAAAGUUAUUCGACACCGUGCCAGAUCGAUUCCUAUGUGUGAUCACCAUGAUCGAGCAGUUCUACGACCUCGACAAGAUGUCAUUCGAGGAGGCCAUGGGGCGGCUUAAAGCGUUUGAAGAACGUACUCACCCGUGUGCAUUCGGUGGCAAUAGCAUCGGUGACAGCCAGCUCAUGUUCACUCAGGCCGAGUGGCAGGCACGGCAGAAGAAGGAUGGUGGCAACUCCUCAUCAAGCAUCAAGGGCAAAUACCAUUCUCCUGCAGAUAGCAGCAACCGUGGUCGGGGUGGUCAUGGACGCAACAGAGGCCGUGGCAGAGGUGGUCGCUGCGGGAUGUCGCACAAUGACGAGGAGAACGGCUCGGGUGGUAGUCGCUGCAACAAGAGCCACAUCAAGUGCUACAACUGCUACAAGAUGGGGUAUUAUGCGAACGAGUGCAAGGCACCGAAGAAGCAGAAAGAGGAGACACAUCUCACUCGUGCUGACGACAUCGAGCUGGUCCUGCUACUCGUGGUCAGAAGAGCCAGCACAAGAAUAGCAGCACCAGCGAGGAGUCGUGCUGUUGAAUGA